UGCCCGGUUAUAUGGGCAGCCGCGGAGGUGGGGCUGAGCUCUUCCCUCUCCGUCAGCAGCAUCCCAGCAGGGUGCGGGACAGCGAGCGCUCGGGGUAGCGAGUAACGGGAUCGGCUUCAGCCCUCACCGAGAUGGGCAGGAAGCUGGACCUCUCCAAGCUCACCGACGAAGAGGCCAAGCAUGUUUGGGAAGUCGUUCAACGGGACUUUGAUCUGCGGAAAAAAGAGGAGGAACGGCUGGAGGAGCUGAAAUGCAAGAUCGACCAGGAGAGCAGCAAGAGAGAGUUCCUGACAAAUCAGUCCCACCUCAAUGACACUCACUGUGUCCACUGCCUGCAGCCCUUCAAGUUCCUGCUGAACAGCAAGCGGCAGUGCCUGGACUGCCACUUCUACACCUGCAAGAACUGCAGCCGCUACAACAAGAAGGAGCAGGGCUGGGUCUGCGAUCCCUGCCGCCUCUCCAGGAUCGUGAAGAUCGGCUCCCUGGAGUGGUACUACGAGCAUGUGCGGUCUCGCUUCAAGAGGUUUGGAAGUGCCAAAGUGCUGCAGUCCCUCUAUGGCAGGCUGCAGCCGGGCCAGGGGCUCAACUCUGCGUUUCUAGGUCUUCAUGACAGAGUUUACAGCCUGCCAGACAUUAACAGAGAGUGCCAGCUGCUGACCAGCUGUGACGCCGGGGAUGACAGCGAUGAGGAAGACAAUGUCCUUCGUGGAGCUGAAGCAGAGCGCUACAGCAGAAUGUGCAAGACAAAGCGSCUGCUGUCUGUGCACCCCUUUGAUUUUGAACUGGACUCGGAUUACUCUGCUCAGUCUCGCCGCCAGUCCCUGCAGCUCUCUCCAGCAGCCAGCAGCCCAGAUGCUUUCCAGUCCUUCCCAGAUUUCCCCAACUCAGCUGAGGAUGGCUCCCAGGAGUCCAGGAUCACGGAUGCAGACCUGGUGUUCCACCAUGUCCUGCAGGAGCCGGGCAUGAGCGCUCCGGAGCAGCACUUCAGCACAGAGGUUCGGCUCACGGUCAACGCACGGAGAAGGAGCCUGGAAAGAAACCCAAAGCCUGGCAUCCCCUGGAACGAGCCACCCCGGGCGCGGUACUCGGCAGAUAUGGACACCUCGGAUGAGGACAUGAAAGGAGCUCAGUUCCCUGCCUACCCACCCCAGCACAUGAAACGCCGGAACAGAGCCUCCUCCCAGGAGAACAUCAGCCAUUCUUCCAACCAGAUCCAUGAGCUCAACACUCGCAUGUCUGCAAUCGAACGCAUGCUGAACCGCUUGGAGGAAAAAAUCCUGACACGCUCUGACGAGUCUCCGGCCCCAGAGUGCCACCCUGAUCCCGAUGUCGAGGAGGAGGAGUUGAAGAGGAAGCUGGARGAGUUGGCCAGCAACAUCAGUGACAAAGAAAUCACUUCUGAAGAGGAGGAGCGUGAAGAAAAGAAGGGAGCAAAAAAACCAGAUAUGAGUUCCUCCAGCGAGGACAUGGCCAGAGAUGUUCGAAAGAGGUCGUCGGCUCAGGCUCUGAGUGAGAUCACGGCCAAAGUGCUGAGAGCCAUAAACGCCACGGAGGAAGCGGUGUGGGAGUCGUUGCACGGAGAGAGCCAGGGCUGUGCCCCCGCUGCGGGGCAGCUUCCGGGCCUGGCAGAUGGSAAAGAGGUGGCCGAAGCGUACCAGGAGCUUGAGGAAAAUGUGUACCUGACUGCUGGAAAGGCCUACCAGCUUGAGAAUACCCUGAAGGAGCUCGAGGAAGGGGCUCAGCACAGCGGCACCACUGACUCGGAGCUGUCUGAGCUGGAGGAYAAAGUGGCCUCGGCAGCCGCUCAGGUGCAGCAGGCAGAGAGUGAGAUAUCRGACAUCGAAUCCCGAAUCGCGGCUCUGUCUGCCGCAGGGCUGACGGUGAAGUCUGUGGAGAAAGCCAAGAAGAAGUCGAGUGUGCAGGCUGCCUUCCUCCAUCCUCCUGGUCCUGCCAGCUGCAGCCCUGGGGAGCCUCUUGGUGACAUUAAAGCAAUGCCCGGGCUGCAGAGGUUCAGGAGGAAGUUCAACAGUCCCCUGGAAAUCACCAGUUUUGACGACUCCUUUGACCGCAACUCAGUGUACCGCGGCUCCCUGACGCAGAGGAACCCCAAUGGCAAGAACAGGAGGGUGGAGAGGCUCUUUGCGAAGCCGGUGAUGACCCACCUGUCCUGAGAGAGGGGACGUUCCUGCGGCUGCAUUUCAGUGACCACACGAGACCUCGGCACAAAGCCUCUCACCGCCUCCCCUGCCACAGCUUCUCCUUCUCCUGAGCCCCUCUCUCCCUGAAAGCCUGGACAGAAAGGAAGCCAGAGACCAUGGGCUGGAGGCCCUGCUGGGAGCUGCCAGRGAGAGGAGCGAGGCACUGGGGUGCAGACAGGUGGCCAGGGGCUCUCAUGGGAGGAUGCUGGAAUGAAGCCUUGGAUUUGGGAAGCUCUUUGGGACUGGGUCAGCCAAGGGGGCCAGAGAGGUGUGGAGCAGGAGUGACCUCGGAGGGAGCUGGAUGUCACCGUGUCAUUCAGCACAGGGACAGGGUAGGGACACAGCCCUGGCUUGGCAAGAGCUGUCAGUGCCUGUCCCUGCUCUGUCCCAGGCUACUGCUGAGCAGGGGCAGGAGCUGACAGUGACUGUGGAAUGCCCUUGGGCUACUCCAGGUAGCAGAAGGACCCAGACAUCCCAGUGCUGCCCCUAUUCCCUUGGAGCCAUGUCCCUUGGAGUUUUGCUCCCGUUCCCUGAGCAGCAGAGCAGGAUGAGAGCAGUGCUGGCCCCCUCCCAGUGAGCGCUUGGUCUCUGCCCAAGCCAUGCAAAACUCACUGAGGCUUCUGCCACCGUGCCCAAAGCAGCUGUGGCCAUCUGGGGGUGGGAGCAAGGUGAGGCUUGAGGGAGGCAGUGGCAGGAAAAGCAGAGAAAAGGYUGAGGGUGCUGCUGGGGAUUGGUUUGCUCUUUCAGCUCUCAAAGAUGUCUCUGCUCCAUGUGAGGCUGCACCAGCGAGACACAGAGCUCCAGCGGGCAGAGUGUGGGGGCUCCUUUGUUCCACAGAGGGGUCAGCCCCUGCCAAGGUGCACUUUGUGRAUGAGCACAUCCCCUGUCCCUGGUGACAGCAUUGCAGAGCCUUUUAGGGCCAUCUCGUCCUUUGGAGGGGCUGUGAUAACCUUCAAGGGCUGCAGUGGCCCUGGGCCCCUGGUGUCCCCCAGGAAAUACUGUUUUCCUCCAAUAAUCAAUUCUCCACAUCCAYUGAGGCCAGUGGAUCAGUGCCAGCCCCACAUCCAUGACCUGACCAGAGCAUCAGGAUGGGAAGAGGGUUUAUUUUCUCUUGCAGGACACUUUGAAGGAGGUUUUCUGCUCGGUCCCUGUCCUGUACAGCCCCCACUUUCCUCCCUCCCUCCCUCCCCAGUGGGCAAAGCGGGGAGGAUCGCUCGCAGCUGGAGCAGGGAUGUCAGACCAAUGCUGACGGUUUCCCCUCCAUGGCCACCCAGGCUGGAUUAUUUUAGGCAAUUCCUGAGCAUCUGAGCUAAAACCACUUUAAUUAGGAGCAGUAGGGAAAAUUCUCAUGCAAGUAACACAUUUGYUUGGCUUUGGUAGCAGUAGAGACUGAGAACUGCCUAGGAAUUGGUCCUGUGGUCAUCCCAGAGAGUACUGUAAGUCCAUGGUCCAGGCUUCCCAGCUGGAAACAAAACCAAUUUCUCAAUUUAAAAUUAAAUCCUGGCCUGAAGCUCAACAGGGUAAGUGCAAACCUCUGCUGUUGCAGAAACUCUCCCAGACACUGUGGCUUCACUGGAUCCAUCCCCCCAGUGCUGGGCUGGCAGCUCCAUCAAGAUCACCCAGGGGGUUUGCACUCGCCCUUCUGGUGUCGGGGUUCACUCUUCACCCCAGCCCCAUCUGUGGCCUGUCUGGCCUCAGCCGUGGCUGCAGUCCCUCCACGCCUGGCCCUCUGAAGGAAUCCUCCCGGGGGGCUYGGCACUGCAGACCGAGGCGUCGCUCCACAGCCACCCACGUUGUUCUUUGCUGGUUUCCUGACCCGUUUGCCCGUGUAGAGAUUAUAACAAAAGUGCGCUAAAUCACACAAUAAAGCAAAUUUUGUGUCCAGAGCCACCCACCCAUUUCCCAGUGUCUGUUU